AUGUCAAUUGUUGCGCAAUCCGUUCAGACAGCCGAAAAUUUGGCAAUCCAACCUCCGAUCGAAGAAUAUUUCUUCGAAGGAGCCGAAAAAUUGCUGGAAAUCUGGUUUUCUUCCUCAAAAUCCAAUGAAAUUUCGGGAAGUUUGAGAAAUAUUCCGAGAAAUGAGAUUGAUUUGAUGUUGGAUGUGGCGAGAUGCAAAAUUUUGCACUCGAAACACAAUGAAGCUAUCGAUUCGUAUGUUUUGAGGUGAGAAAUCGAAUAUCCUGAACUGAUAUUUUGAAAAUUAUAGGUACACCAGACCGGAAAAUACCCCCAAAAAUCGCCUGAUUUUCAUGUGCCAUAUUUUAUCAAAUUUUGUGAUAAGACAAAAUUUUGAACGAUUUUUUUGUUCAUAAAAAUUGAGAAUAAUAAUAAUAACACCACUAUAUAGUUGACCUUUUAUUAGUGGAAGAAAAAUACGGAAAUGUUAUCCAAAACUAAUUGAGUCCCAUUUUUUGAAAAAAAAAACUCUUGAACUAAAUUAUGAAUCAAGAAUCAAAUAUUCUGAUCCAAAAGUUGCCAAAAGAUAAUCCCCCAAUAAUUUUUGCAGCGAAUCAAGUCUUUUCAUCUCCGACAAUCGAGUAAUUCUCAAAACUUGUGGUUCAACUCGCCUUCUUGCUGCUCUUCCUCAUAUCAUCCAACUUGCUCUCAAAUUCGCUCAACUCGAUCAAAUUGAAUCUGUCUACUAUUCUCGCAAGAAUUUCCUUCGUCCCGAUUUACAACCAAAUCUUCAUCGAAACUUCGACGCCGAAGUCGAAUAUCUCGAUCAAUUUUUCGAUGGUCAAGGACAUGCUUAUUGUUUGGGAAGUCUCAAACAGGAUCGCUGGUAUUUGUACACUUUUCAUCGCCAAAAUUCAACUUCUGGUGGUGAUAAAAUUGGUGUCAAAAAACCGGCUGAUCAUACUUUGGAAAUUCUGAUGAGCGAUUUGGAUGAGGAAGUUUUGCACAAAUUUACCAAGGAUUUUGCUGUCGAUGGAAGAGAUUGCUUUUUGGUGAGAUAAUCUAGAAUUUGGGUGCCAAUUUUGCCACGUGGUAAAUGUUUUCUCAAAUUUCACUAAAAGUUUUGAUCAUAUGAAAUCCACGUGGAGAAAUUAGAGAAUGGGAGUUGGGAAUCUACAGUAACCCGGGUUUUCGGAGAGAAUUUUUAGUUUGAAUUUUUUCUAUAAUAUUCCACGUGGCAUAAGCUCUGGAUAAAAAGUUUCGAAUUUCAAAAUAAUAAUUUUUGUCCAAAAAAUUCAAAAAUCCUCAAUUCCACUUGGAGAAGUUUGUACUUCUGAAAAAGUUUUCCAAAAAUCCACGUGUUAAAAAUUUUUUAUUAGGAUUUUCGAACCAAAAUUAGUUGAAAUGGCCUAGAAACCCUGAAAUCAUGAUUUUGGUUUUCGAAAACACGAGUUUUGAUCAAAAUUUCACCCACUAACUCAAAAAAAUCCUAUUUUUACAGCGCGCCGGAAUCGAUAAAUGCAUUCCAGCCGGUGCAGAUGUUCACGAUGAAUUAUUCGAUCCAUGCGGUUAUUCAAUGAAUGCCUACAUGAACGAAACAGAUCAAUACGCCACAAUCCACGUGACACCCGAAAAAGAAUUCUCAUUUGCCAGUUUCGAAACAAAUCAAGAUUUGGUUUGCUUGUAUGCACAAACUCGAAAAGUUCUGCAAUGUUUUCGACCAGGAAAAAUAUUGUUGACUGUUUUUGCGAAUGAUGUGAGUGCGAAAGGAAAAGAUGCACAACAGCAAUUGUGGGAUCGAGAAUUGCCUGGUUAUCGGAGAACUAAUGUGCAAUUUGUUAGAUUGGAGGUGAGAUUUGGAAAAAUCGUAAAAUGUACAGCUGGAAAUGUUGAAGAAUGUUGGGAAAUUGCCUAGAAAACAAGUUUCCCACUAUUUAAAAUCCAAUUUUUCAGACCGAAACAUUGGUCUACGCGCAUUUCAUCAAAAAAUCGACAAACGACGUGUCGAGUGACGAGGACGACGGUGAACGUUCCGACUAA